AGUAAAAGUAUCAACAACAAUGAGCAGCUGUUGAGCCGUGUUUUGUGAAAAUGGUGCUUCGUUGUUUGGUUUGGUUAUUUAUCAUUGGCUGCGUGAGCAAAGGUUUGUGUCCAUGCGGAGCUCAGUCUGAACCCACAGCGAGCUGCGGCUGCGAGAAGCUGAAGAGACCCGCUGCAGCUGUGGACGGUGCGGAGGAACAAACAGCAUCCGUACUCACUGACACAGCUGGAAAAUACUCCAGAGGUGCGAAUGAGAGGGCGUCUCAGGCUCAGGGAUAUGAGAGGGAAUUACACAGUCAGAUGGUGCAGAUUUCUGGAGGAGAAUUCCUGAUGGGAACAGACAACCCAGGCAUUCCUGCAGAUGGCGAGGGCCCACCGAGGUUGGUCCAUGUGGACUCCUUCUACAUGGACAUCCAAGAAGUUACUAACCGACAGUUUCAGAGCUUCGUCCAUGCUACAGCUUACGUGACUGAGGCAGAGACAUUUGGAGACUCAUUUGUUUUCGAGGGAAUUUUGAGUGAGACUGUCAAAAGCCAAAUCACACAAGCAGUGGCUGCUGCCCCCUGGUGGCUCCCAGUAAAAGGGGCCAACUGGAGGCACCCUGAGGGUCUAGACUCCAACAUCACAGACAAGCUGGACCAUCCUGUUCUACAUGUGUCCUGGGCGGAUGCUGUCGCCUACUGCUCCUGGGCUAACAAGAGACUUCCUACAGAGGCUGAAUGGGAGUAUGCCUGCAGGGGGGGCCUGAAAGACAGACUUUACCCCUGGGGAAACAAGUUGAACCCAAAAGGACAACAUUAUGCCAACCUUUGGCAGGGGGAUUUCCCCAACCAUAACACUGGGGAGGAUGGAUACGUCAAAAGCUCACCGGUGAUGUCUUAUCCCGCCAAUGGUUUUGGUCUGUAUGACAUGGUGGGGAAUGCAUGGGAGUGGACCUCAGACUGGUGGACUGUGCAUCACACCACGGAGCAGCAAGACAACCCAAAAGGUCCUCCCUCAGGCACAGACAAGGUGAAGAAGGGAGGUUCAUACAUGUGCCACAAGUCGUAUUGCUAUAGGUACCGAUGUGCGGCCCGAAGCCAGAACUCUCCCGACAGCUCAGCCUCUAAUCUUGGUUUUCGCUGUGUCUCUCAGGAGCAAAGAUGACCUGACUUACUUGACUUGAACACAGGGUCCCUUAAUUCAGCUGCUGCCUAACCCAGUAUUGGAUACAGAGUGAACCCAUCAAAGCAGUAUUUAAAUAUGAUGGACUUUUUUAUUUUUAUGUGCCAUUGCGUUAUCAUACAUAAGAAGAUGAUUUUGGACUCAAGAAUGUCUGUGGCUAACAUGUCUCUUACAUGUUAUAACUUUACAUUUUUCUAGACUUAUCAUAAGAUGAUUAAAAAGACUGUUGUUCCUAA